AUGGAACGGCAGACAAGGUCGAAGGUGGCGGGGGCGACGACAGACGGUGAAGGUGUCGCUGAAUCAUAUGAUAUCAAAAGGUUAGAAGCGGAGACAAAACUGGAGAAAAUGCGUAGAACUGAUGAGAGACUGAGGGAAGCGAGUCUUCGAGAUCAUGAAUUUCGGUUGAAGGAACUUGAACUGCGUGCUCAACAAACACGGGAAACCCCUUCUAACACUGCACUUCGGGCCAUAGAACGGACUAACUUUUUCGCCAAAUCGUUGAAACAUUUGUUGGGGCCAUGUCCGACAGACAUCAGAGAUGUACCAGCAUAUUUUGUCCGAAUAGAAAAGAUUUUCGAUAACCAUGAUGUGGAUUGGGACAUUAGGGCGAAUUUAUUAAUGAUGAAUUUAAAUGAUGGAAUGAAGUCCUGGCUUGAUAACCUCAGUGGAGAAGACAUGCGAGAUUAUGCGAAGGUAAAACAACAUUUACUUCGAGAAUAUCGUAUUAACCCCGUUCGUUUGCGAGAUGAAUUUUUUGCAAUGCGGAGACAGAAGGAGGAGUCGUUUGUUAUGUUCGCUCAUCGACUGCACAACACGCUUCAGUUUUACUUACAAAAUCGUGAAGUCGAUUCAUUUCAAAGUGUGGUAAAUUUGAUUUGCGCCAACCGCCUGAAGGAACUUCUUCAGAAAAACGUGUUAGAAUUCGUGUUAACCCAAGAAAUGGACGACUGGAUGGAUUAUGAGGUUACUUCAAAACCGAAAUGGCUACACGUCAUAACGAAUGCGAGUCAACAAGGGAAAGUGCCAAGGGUCAUACAGGCGGACAAGUUUUAUGAAAGGUCGUACGUUGAUGUGAUGCUGAACGAUACACUAAAUCGGAAGGCUCUGAUUGAUAGCGGAGCGGAGGUUUGUUGCAUUAGUGAAGAUUUGUGUGAAAGUUUGAAUCUGCCAUUAGAAGGCGUGCACACAGUUGUGCACCUUGCUUGUUCACUCAUGUUGGCACUUUCUCUUCUGUACCUAUCAUAUUGGAUGAACAUCAAGUCUGUCACGGAGUUUCAAUGUUUAAGGAUUGUUGUUUCCAUCUAUAAGAGUGAUCAAUCGUCACUUUCUGCCAAAGUAGGUGUCGCAUAUAAAAUCUCCGACUCUCCGUUUUCAACCUGCACUAGCACUGAUAACAUGACUGAAGUUAACGAUGACAUUCAAUUGAUCGAUCGUUGGGGAAGAAGAAAGGACCGUAUGCAAUGGCAUCAGGAGUACCACUUCCAAGAGACGGUGCAGACUGCAACCGAACGUCUGACCGUCAAAUGA